AUGCAUCCGGCUCACAACUAUCGUCACUCCCGGAGAUCUGCUUGCGAUCGUUGCCGUGGACAGAAGCUUCGAUGUGAGCGUGCCAACAUGAAUGGGAUGUCUUGCGAGCGUUGUCUGAAAGCACAAGAAAUAUGCAUCACAAGUGUAAAUCAUCCUGCGGCCGUUCUAUCCUCAAGCCCCGGCCAAGAUGUUAUCUCCAACCAGCAAGAUGGCCCUGGGUUCAUUGGACGUCCUGAUCCUAUGGCGCUACUCCAUAAAUCCUUUGCUCCCAAAGUGGGAAAGUCGGUACCUCUGUCUGCGUCGGACAUGGGAAGGCACCGCUCAAAGAUGCAUAGCUACUGGAACGAGCCAGCUGAUUUGUCGCCAGCCCCAGGAGGCGAUUUAUUUUUACCACCCAACGAGGGGGAGUUCACCCUGUCUCAUGACCCCGGGAGUCUUCCCGUGCCGCCGCAGCUCUGGGGAGACUGGAAUCCAUAUUGGGCCCUUGGACCCCAAAAUCUUGCAAGUUUACUUGACUUCAGAAGUUGGUGA